CGUAUGUUGUCAGGAGGAAAUGGUAUGCAGCUACGCCUGGGCUGUGCCUCCCUCUGUCCCGUAGAUAGCAUCACAUCUGUUUUUAUUUACACACGCACAACAACCCGUUUUCAGCCGGAACUCCGGUCUCUGGUUCACUUAUUGUGGGAGUAUCUUUACCCGGUAUGCCCGAACAACUCAGCUAACGCGGUUAACGGCUGACGAUGGCUUCGGUGCGGAUGGUCGGCAAAGUUGCGGCGAGACUUGUAGGAAGUCUUCAGCCGCUUCAGUGCGGUCUCAAAACUACUGGUCCGGCUGCAUUUCUUCAAAAGGUUCAACACAGGCAGCCUCUACUUGGAAACUGUCAAGCUCUUUUCUGCAGUACACUUCCACCCUCCAGUGAUGUGUCUUUGAAGUAUAAAUACGGCCGUUUGGUUCUGGAGGUUCCGUUGCCAUCUAGGAAUGAGAAGUGUCUGUUCUUCCUCAGACCCAUGCUGAUGAGUGUAGGAGACCUGAUCGCAGAUCUGCAGAGAGAGGACCCUGGAGCUACCGCUUCUGUUUUUUCCAAGGAUGGAGAGCGUGUAGCCAACACCACGCUGAUAGAUGCUCUGCUGGACAAGGACUUCCAGCUCGUCAUCAACGAUGCAGUAUAUGAAGUCCGAUCACCUGAGAAGGUGUGUAUGUCCAGUGAGCACGCCGUGGAGCUGGACGACAUGAAGCAUGUUGUGCAUCUGCUACACACAGCACUCCACCUGCCUGAAUACCACCUACUGAAAGAGAGGGAGCUGCUGGAGAAAAUGGACAACCUCAAACAAGAACUCUCACCUCUAGAGAAGAUGAAGGCACAGUUGUCCCAUACGGCAGAGUUCCAGACAUCCAAGAUUGUGUGGACAGGCAUGGCCCUGUUAUCUGUACAGGGUGGUGCUCUGGCCUGGCUGACCUGGUGGGUUUAUUCAUGGGAUGUAAUGGAGCCCGUCACUUACUUCAUCACCUACGCAACCAGCAUGGGAGCUUUUGCCUAUUACGUCCUUACUAAACAGGAUUAUGUGUACCCAGAUGCAAAAGACAGACAGUUCCUGCGUUACUUUUAUAAGGGGGCCAGCAAGAAGAAAUUCAGCGUGAAAAGAUAUAAUGAACUCAAGGAUGAACUGGCACAGGUGGAGGAGGACCUGAGACGUUUGAAAUAUCCAACUCAACUUCAGCUGCCACUUGAACAGAUCCAACCAAAGCCAUGAACGAAGCCAAGCCAUAGAGAGCCAUCAGUCACACUUCCGCACUCUGGAGCAAAAACUGUUUUUCUGCUUUAGUUUUGAUAAUGGCUCCUUUUUACCAGGAAUCCAUAUCAUUCUGUGUUUUGUUUACAAUCUUGAUAAUGAUGCCAACUAUAUCUUUCAGAGAGAAGGACUAUUGAAAUAAAAAGUAUUUCCCCAACACUGGGAGAAUCUCCUGUCUGCAGGAU